CCCACGCCAGCUGACACGACACCCAUGGCAACUCUGACCAGCGCAGGAGAAACCACCGCAGCAGCUCCAACAACCACCGCACACCUGGAGACUACUGCAGGAAGAGAGACCCUCACAACAGCCUCUGUUGUCGCCAUGCCAAACACAACCACAACUCAAGGGGAUGUCCCCACAGCGACAGAAACCAGCCCUUCAGUGCUUGUCACCCUCACCACACUGAGCGUGACUACCACGGCUGUUCAGACCACCACACCAACGUCUGUCACUACGUCCCCGACGGAAACAGCAUCCACAGUGGGCUCCAGCACAGAAGCCACCCCGGCGGCCGACAGCCCCACUGAUGUGUCGAGUACUGCAACAAGCGAGAGCACAGCCCCAGCUCCUCGCACCACGGCAGCAGACAGGGGAACUUCAGCGAGCACCGUGGCAGAGACACUCGUCACCAGCACAACAGCUAAUACCACAACCGCCGUCAGCACCGCUGCAGCAACAGAGGUUCCGCGAACAGUCCGUACUACCACCGUCCCAGCUGGAAACACGACGGCUACGUUCCCAGCUGCACCGAACUCUCCAGCAACUCAGAACUUCAGUGCAGCUCCAACCACGGGAUCCACUGCUAACCCUAACUCCACUGCCCUGCCCUGGGUCCCAGAUGUCCCGACGGAAAAGCAGACGACAGCACUACCCACCUGCCAUCCUCCAGCUGCCAACCCAACUGAUGCUCGCCUCUUCCUGUCGCUGGGACUGACCACUCACCUGAACCUCAGCGAGCCCCAGGUCAGGGGUAUGGUUUUGUCCAAGCUUGAGCAAGAGCUAAAAAUGAAGUUCCCAUGCACCGGGUUCACCGUCCUCUGGAAAGGAGAGGGCGAAAAGUGAGCAGCGAUUCUGCUGGCCCCCGAGGAACCGACGGCUUCGUGUCUGGGUGCCACGGUGAGCGGGACAAGGGCCACGGCACGAAAGGGGACCACGCGGCUGCUGCUACCUGUGCUCAUCGACUCCGGAGCGGAAACCCCACCUGGAGGAUACAGGUUUAACCCCAGAGAAGAAAUCUCUCUUCUGCGUGCCGAGACCUCAGGCUUUCUUUUGCCAUAACACUCCUGGACUCUGUAUCUCAAAGGCCAGACCCCCUGGGCGAUUCCAUAGACAGUAAGAAGUCAGAAAAGAGGUGAAUGCCCUUUAAAGGUCCCAGUGAAGAUGAAAAAUGUCAGGUCUGGAGAUUUCCCCUCUUCCUGUAUGAAAGGAGUCGAUGCUUUGAACUGCAAGCUCCUGGGACUGUCUCUUACUAUAUAUCCGUACAUCCUAGCACCAUAUCUCAGUCACAGCCACGAGGCCUCGCUGUCAGAUAAUCAAUAGUAUUGGGAUCUUGGGGGGGACCAGCAAGUGGAGGCUCUGACUCCCGCUGUCUUACUGCUGUCCAGGUGCAGGCGAAUCCUGCCUGCCCAGUAUAAAAGGGAUUGUUUUUUCCAAUUCUGCAGGAUCCUUCACUGGAUUUUUCCAGUCCCAGCUGAACUGUUUGUCCCCCUCCCCGAGGCAAAUGAAACUAGUGAUUCAUUAACUGGUUAAUCAGCCAGGUAAAGUCACACUAAAAUAAUGAUUAGUUAGAGCAAUCUUUUAAACACUCUCCUUGUUUUAAAAACUCCAGAAAACCAGAGUUUUGGGAGUUUCAAGACCAAAUCAAAUAAUAAUUUUGGUUUUUAUUUAAUCCCUGGCCUAGCACUGGAUUCAGACUCAAGAUAGGGUGUAACAUUUUUUAACUGUGAGAGUAAUUAACCACUGGAACGAUUUACCCAGGCUCACGGUGGAGUCUCCAUCACUGGUAAUUUUUAAAUCACAAUUGGACGUUUCUCUAAAAUAUCGGCUCCCAGAAUUCUCUGAGGGACGUUCUAUGGUUUGUGUUACGCAGGAGGUCGGACGAGCUGGGUUCCUCUUCCAACCUCCAAGCCCAGGGAGCAAAGCUGCUGGUUCUGAUUCUCUCCCACAUCAUGCUGCAUAUAGAAAACACAGAAGACUCCCUUAUGUAAACUGAGGCAGAACCUGUGUUCCCAGCCCGGAGCCCGGCUAGUGCCCUCUCAGGGACUAGGGCUGCUUGCCUGUGCUGUUUGCACUCUCCGCACUCUCUUUACCUCCACCAUCCCUUUAAAGGUAAACAGCUCCAAUAGGUGGGCUGGCCCUAAGCGGUAGGUUUUCCAGGGCCCUGGGCUAAGUAACACACAGACUCAUAGAAUCGUAGGACUAGAAGGGACCUCGAGAGGUCGUCUAGUCCAGUCCCCUGCACUCAUGGCAGGACCAAGUAUUAU